AUGGCAACUUCUGAAGAAGCACCAUAUGGACGGCUCCUCAAUUUCCUCGAAUCGGGUCACUUUGCCGACUUCACCAUCAAAUGCAAGGGCCAUGAGUGGAAAGUGCACAAGGUCAUCAUCAGUGCUGACUGUGGGUUCUUUCGGAGGAUGUAUAUGAGCAACUUUAAGGAGGUUGGUGAAGGCGCCGUGGAUUUUCCGGAAGAUGAUCCUAAACUGAUUGCACGACUGAUUUUCUUUUUGUACACCGAAUACUAUCCUGUCUGGAAACCAGGACAGGCCCAAGGAAAUGCUAGAACGGUAGCAUCCUCGAAGUGGAUGAAGUCUCUUCGUGAGUUGCUUCAUUCAGAGGACAUCUUCAUCAACAAAGAACAGGGAGAGAUCUAUGAAUCAGUAGGCACAGAGAGUUUGGCUACUGAUACCUGGAUGCACGAACUUGCCGGCAGACUUGAUGUACCCAAGCUGGCAGCAGAAGCACAAAAGAAUUAUGGGCAAGCCAUAAGUCGACUUGAAGCGUUGCAUACAAUGGGAUCUGAAGAUUACUGUUUAAUGGAAGACUUUGCGACUUCCGUGAAGGUGGUGUAUCAAACAACAUCGGCCACCGAUCGCAGGCUCAGAGACAUUGCACUAUUCAGUGUCCAGGACUGCUUGAGUUAA